AUGAUUGCGUGCAUCGCUGUCAUCGGCGCGGCGAACAACCCCCUGUACAUCCGUACAUUCGGCCAGGAGGGUGAAGACUUGGGCUUCCACUACAUCGCGCACGUGUCGCUGGACGUCAUCGAGGAGAAGCUGCAAAGCGCAGGCAUCACCAACUUCAAGGACGACAUGUACCUGGGCUUCCUGGGGCCCAUCGAAGACUACAAAGUGUACGGCUACGUGACCAACACGUCGGCCAAGUUCGUUGUGGUACUGCAAGAUACGCCUGUGCGCGAUUCGGAGCUCAGACCGUUUUUCGUCGAGGUGCACCGCUUGUACGUAAACACCAUGUCGAACCCUUUUGCGCCAUUGGGAGAGCGUCUCACGUCGCAGACGUUUGACAGGCGCGUAUCCAACCUCGUCGUACAGCACAACACAAGCAGCUAA